AUGCAACUGCCAAGCCUGGUGGUGCUCUUCAACCCCUGGUGUCCUGAGGACUGGGUGUAUCUGAGAGAUGAGAAAGAGAGACAGGAGUAUGUGAUGAAUGAACAAGGAACCAUAUUCACAGGAAGUAAGAACUACAUCUUCUCCUUGCCAUGGGACUAUGGACAGUUUGAGGACAACAUGGUGGAAAUUUGUUUGAUGAUAUUGGACCUGAACCGCAAACACUUGAUAGACCCGGGUGAUGAUGUUUCUGCUCGCUGUAACCCGCUCUACGUCGGCCGUGUGGUCAGCGCCAUGAUCAACACUCAAGAUGACCGUGGCGUCUUGGAGGGAAACUGGGGAGACUCAUUUCCCAACGGACUUUCUCCGUCUCACUGGAGCGGAAGUUACGCCAUCCUGAAGCACUGGUACAACACCGAUGCCCACCCGGUGAAGUACGGGCAGUGCUGGGUGUUCGCCGGUGUGAUGUGCUCAGUGAUGCGCCUGCUGGGCAUCCCCUGCCGCGUGGUCUCCAACUUCGAGUCGGCCCACGACAACAACAAGAAUCUGGUCAUCGACACGUUCUACUCCGACUACGGAGUCGCAGAGAAACCGACCCAUGACAGCAUUUGGAACUUCCACGUGUGGACGGAGGCGUGGAUGAAGCGACCCGACCUGGGAGCCAACGGCAAAUAUGACGGCUGGCAGGUUCUGGAUCCAACCCCCCAGGAGCAGAGCUUUGGUGUUUACUGCUGCGGUCCAGCCCCGGUGAGAGCCAUCCUGGAUGGAGAGACAGACCUCAAAUAUGACAUCCCAUUUGUCUUCGCAGAGGUCAACGCCGACUGUAGCGACUGGCUGCUCUAUGCUGACGGCUCAAAAAAGAAAAUCUUCUCUGACACUUCGAGAGUCGGUCAGAAUACCUCCACCAAGGCUGUCGGCUCAAAGACAAGAGUGGACAUCACCAACACGUACAAACACAAAGAGGGAACGGAGAAGGAGAGGACUGUCUUUGAUUACGCCGUCACCAGAGACUACUCCAAAAUUGAUGGGGAUGAAGGGGAUGAAUGGGACGAGGAUUUCGAGGUGGAGGGUGAAGAGAUUGAUGACGACGAGGAAGAGGACACGGGGGAGAACGUGGAGGUGGAUGAGGUGAGCGACGGCACCGAUGAUGAAGAGGAGGAAGAUGAUGAGAGUGAAGACGAAGAGACCUCAGGAGGUGCGGGUGAUGCCACCGACGUCGUCAUCCCUCCUCCAGUGUACAUUCAAUUUGAAGAGAUGACCCCACCGACCAACGGUAAGAAUGUGAGAUUGAAGCUGAUACUGCAGAGUAAGAGCAAGACUCCCCGGCUGCUGUCCAUCAACAUCAGCGUCCAAGCCAUGAGGUACAACGGCAGACCUAUAGUGAACAUCCAGACCCAGGUGAAGGAGAAGAUACUGUAUCCCGGGACAGAUACUGUUAUCUUCAUCCGUAUCCCGUUUUCGCUCUACCAUAAAGCCAUGGUGCACAGUGACAACAUGAAGGUGUCCGUCAGGGUCACCGACGUAAAGAACCCAGAAUACAUAUACCUGGCUGAGGAUGACAUUGUGCUGAUCAACCCUCCCAUCUCCGUCAAGUUUGUCAAGUGUAGGGUCAGAGUGGACUGCAUCGCGAGAGUGGAGGUGAUCUUCAUGAACCCCACGAUCAACGAGACGCUGACCGGCUGCACUCUGACUCUCUCCGGAAGUGGACUGUUAGGAGACGAGCUUAAAAUAAGGACUCCGGACUUGAAGCCAAGGAACAGAAUUCGUGUCAAUACGGCCAUCACACCCUACAAGACAGGGGAGAAGACUCUGGUGGCCGACUUCGACUGCGACACCUUCAAAGACAUCAAGUGCAGCUGCAAAGUCAACAUCAGGGCGUAAACUCUCAGAGUCACAUCCAUACUCAGAAACAGAAUGUCAGAUUUAUUACUCUUUAUGGGGCAUUUUUACUUUUCUAAAUAAAUAAAUAAUAUGUUUUUCAAUCAAAUGUUGGCGCAGGAUGUAUAAAAACAGCCGGCCACGUAAUAACUGUUCAUUUUAGAUAAUCUUCACUUUUAUGAUUUUUGAAGCGCAAAUGCGGAAGUCGAUGAAAUCUGUGUUCGGCGUGAUGACGGUUAAUGUCCCCGACAACUACUGUUGUCUUUUUAACCGCCAUCUUAUACACAAUAACACACAUACACUGAAAUAAAGAUGUGUGAAGAAGCAGCGUUAUACUGCACAUCAAGGUGCUUAUUACUUGAGAGAAGAAUGCAGCUGAACAGUCACAUCUGUGUGAGAUGUUCAGGGUCCUGUUUAACCUGUAGUUUUCUAAACUCUUAACUGCACCAAUAUAUCAAUUCUGUAUUCCUGCGUGGUGCUGCUCCUGCAGCAGGUGAGCUGGUGUUGCAGCGUCUCCUUGUGGUAAAAAGAAACAAGAGAUUAAAUGAUGG